AUGGGAGACCCGAAGAGCCAGCACGGCGCACAGGAGAUGAAAGGCUGGCUUUUCAAAUGGACGAAUUACCUGAAAGGUUACCAACGGCGAUGGUUCGUCCUGUCAAACGGCCUUCUGUCGUAUUACAGGGCUGAACCAACAGGGGGGCCAAAGAUAUCAACACGACGCAAGCGGAGGGCUGGCAGAGCCUCCGAAAAUCCCGCGGAGAUGUCCCACACCUGCCGCGGCACGAUCUCCUUACAUGGGGCCUUAAUACAUACAGUGGACGCUUGCACUUUCGUCGUCAGCAACGGCGGCACCCAAACCUUCCACAUCAAAGCGGCGACCGAGGUGGAGCGACAGCAGUGGGUAACAGCUCUCGAGCUCGCUAAAGCCAAGGCUAUCAAAGCGAUGGAAUCUGAAGAAGAGGAAGAGGAAUACCAGGAUAACGAUAAUCAAAAAGCGGAAACUGCGUCUGUGAUUAAAGAUCUAACACGGCGAUUGGAUGAUUUACAAGCGUGCAAUGACUUGAUAUUUAAACAAGGAACUAUGCUGCAACGAGCUUUAAACGAUUUGGAAACGCUUGAGCCUCCGUCCCCUGAAUUAGCGGCGAAAAUCAAGACCGUCAGUGAACGAGCCACACUUUUUCGAAUUGCGGCAAACGCUAUGAUUAGUACGAGCAGCGAUUAUUUACAAUUAGCCCAACAACAGGAGCCUAAGUGGAAGAAGAUGCUGCAGCACGAGCGGGACCAGAAGGAGCGGAUAGAGAAGAUGGUCGAGCAGCUAGCCAGGCAACAUUCACACUUGGAGGAAGCAGCGCAACACGCGAUUCCUUCAGCGACGCCCGCGGGAGGGCACAGACCUUCACAUCCAGCAGUGACAACAUCGCCGUCGGAAGACGAGGAAGAUAAUGCGGAGUUUUAUGAUGCCCAAGAAUUGGACACCUUUACAUUAACUAUAUCCGGAGUGGCCACAAACAAUUCGAUUUCUCACACGAGAGAUCGUACUGAUUCGCAAGGUAGCGACGAUGGUUCUAGCUCAGAAGGGGAUCCAACACCCUUGCCCGUCUCUGAUUCCACUGGUGCCGACUCGUUUCUCAUCGUGACCGAUUCCACAGCGGCACAGCCUCCCUUAUCCGUUACGAACACAGACGAUCUGGAUAAUAUCACUUGGCAGACCAACAAUGGCAGCGGCGGCACCGGGGUAACCACUGUUUCCAAGAGAAAGCGAAGGACCAGGGUACCUGAUAAACCAAAUUAUCCCUUAAACUUAUGGAGUAUCAUGAAGAAUUGUAUCGGCAAAGAUUUGUCAAAAAUUCCUAUGCCGGUUAAUUUUUCUGAACCACUCAGUAUGCUCCAACGAUUGACGGAGGACUAUGAAUAUGCGGAUAUUUUGGAUAGGGCUGCGGAGUGUGCAGAUAGCUAUGAACAAAUGGCUUACGUAGCUGCGUUCACUAUAUCUAGUUACUCCACAACCGCUGCUAGAACAGGAAAACCUUUCAAUCCUCUAUUGGGUGAAACAUACGAAUGCGAUCGUACGGACGAUCUUGGAUGGCGUGCAAUUUCGGAACAAGUGUCCCAUCAUCCGCCUAUGCUGGCUCAACAUUGUGAGGGACAGAAGUGGCGAUGUUGGCAGGAAUUUACAAUGGCUUCUAAAUUUCGUGGAAAAUAUUUACAGGUAAUUCCUCUGGGUACUGCUCACUUAGAAUUCGACAGUGGCCUGCAACACUAUACAUGGCGUAAAGUUACUACUACCGUACAUAAUAUUAUAGUCGGGAAAUUAUGGGUCGAUCAGAGCGGCGAUAUGGAUAUUGUGAAUCAUAAAGAGGGUAUCAAGUGCCAUUUGAAGUACAUACCAUACUCGUACUUCUCACGAGACAGUCAGCGUAAAGUGAAGGGGGUGGUUAUGAAUUCCAACAAGGAGGUUAAAUGGGUGGUGCAGGGUACUUGGGACGCGAAGAUAGAAAUUGCCCCGGUAAUUAGUACGUCCGGUACAUCGGAUAAUCCAGUUUACAAAACGGGCCCCUACAUACUGGCUUGGAAACGACGUAUGCCUCUCGAAGACUGCGAGAAAUAUUAUUCGUUCACGGAACUGGCGUGUCAACUGAACGAGCCGGAAGAGUGUAUGGCUCCGACAGACUCUCGUUUAAGGCCCGAUCAACGGCUGAUGGAGGAUGGACGGUGGGACGAGGCUAAUGCGGAGAAAUUACGUUUAGAGGAGAAGCAAAGAGCCGUUAGACGAGCACGCGAACACGACGCUGAGAAAGCUACCGCACAAGGAUUCUCGUACGAGCAGUAUGAGCCGUUGUGGUUCAAGAAGAAGCAGGAUCCGUACACGGACAGUCGUUGUUACGUAUUUAACGGCGAAUAUUGGGAUUGUAAAAGUAAAGGUGAUUGGUCGCGAUGUCCGAACAUAUUUUAGUUUAUUAUUAUAAAUAUAUUCUAUUAUACAAUGUGACUCGUCACACGUACAUGCAGUGCGGGAAGUUUUGGAUUGUUUAAGAAAAAAAAAGGGACGAUAAACGGAUGUUAGAAAUUGUGAUCGCUACUCAAAGAGAUCGAAACUUAUAAAAUAAUGUUGACGUGAUAGUUGGGGUUGUUAUGGGAUAUGGUUUAGCGAUUAAUUAAUUCUUCCAAUUAGGUGGAUGAAGUUUGGCACUCGGACAUGUACAAUGUACAAUUUGUACACCUGUGUCACUUUUCUUUCGUUACUCUUUGGCCCUCUUAUAUCUCCCCCCUUUUAUUUUCUUGCUGUUUCGCAGCGUCUUUGAUCCUUUUAUUUUUGAAAGAAAUAGAAAUAUAUCACACUAAUUAUUAAGGCUCCUGAUUAUUUCGCUACAACUGUCCUUGUUUGGAACCUUCCUUUCUAACCUCUUUUAUCACGAUUUUGUCAAUGUAUAUUUUACGACUGUUCAUUGAUUGUUCUAGUAAGAGAAAAUUAUUCGGACAAUUUUACAAGUGUGCCGAAUCGAUUGCGAAUAUCAUUUGUGGGUAUAUCUUUUUAUUUGGACGUGUAACGCGAGAAUUCUUGGCGUACGUUUUCUCGCUUCUAACGUCAUCAAACAAGGUCGGUUGCAACGUAGUAGGCCAGGAGGCUCAAGGAUCUAAUUUAACGUCUAAUGAAUCUAUGCUGUGGUGUUGAUUUCCCUUUUUUUUUUUCUUUAAUUUUGCGGAAGUAAUGCGAUAGUUAUU